AAAACAAAUUGCAUUAUGAGCAUCCUCAAGAACCUCCCAGCCUUCUGCAUCCUAUGUGCCACUCUCUUCUUUGCAUCAACCAACGCAGCUCGAUUCAAUAUCCGAAACAACUGCGGCUUUACAGUCUGGGCAGCAGCCAAGCCAGGCGGCGGACGCCAACUUAAUCCACGCCAAAGUUGGGCCCUAGAUGUGCCUGCUGGAACCCAAGGGGCUCGCAUUUGGGCCCGAACCGGAUGCAACUUUGAUGGAGCCGGACGUGGAAGAUGUCAAACAGGUGAUUGUGGGGGUGUCCUCCAAUGCCAAGCCUAUGGCCAACCCCCAAACACCCUAGCUGAGUAUGCCCUUAACCAGUACAACAACUUGGAUUUCUUUGACAUUUCCCUUGUUGAUGGCUUCAACGUCCCUAUGGACUUUAGCCCCACGUCUAAUGGGUGUACCAGGGGCAUCAGAUGUACCGCUGAUAUUAAUGGCCAGUGUCCUAACCAACUGAGGGCUCAAGGAGGCUGCAACAACCCUUGCACUGUGUUCAGGACUGAUCAAUAUUGCUGCAAUUCCGGGAGCUGUGGCCCUACAGACUUGUCUAGGUUUUUUAAGAAUCGGUGCCCGGAUGCUUAUAGCUACCCUAAGGAUGACCAAACAAGCACAUUUACAUGCCCUGGCGGGACAAACUAUAGGGUUGUGUUCUGCCCAUGAAGCAGAUAUAUCUUAUAGUUUAUAAUAUCUAUAGAAUAAGUCUGUGAU